GACCAACGCACCAUGGAGACUGGACAGGGAACGUCUCGAAAAGUCCGGAAGCUGGGCUCCAGCCGGCGGCGGCAGACAAGAGAGCCAGCUGCUGCUGAAGACGCCGCAGUGGCCCCAGAGCCAGAGUCUUGGUCCCCUCAGGCAGCGGCAGAACUGCAGGCCUUCUUCCAGGACUGCGGUGCCAAGGAGAGGGGCUUUGUCACCCGUGAGGACCUGGCGGUGGCCAAGUUCAGCUUCCUGGGCAGCAAGGAAGAGUCAGAGAUGAUUUUCGACUGGUUGGACAUGGAGCGGAAGGGACACCUAUCCCUUGAAGAAUUCAGCUCUGGACUCAAAAACAUCUUUGGCUCCAGCCAGAGCCCCCACAGGCUCCACAGAAGGAAGCCACUGCCCUCUAAGCGGGUAUCUGCUACCACCAGCUUCCCAGCUCUGGAGGAGGCCGAUGCUGUGGAGAAGGAGGCGUUCCUCGGCUUCAUGGAGCAGCUGGGGACUGGACACUUACUUCCCAAGCAGAUGGAAAUCUGGCAGGAGGAGCCCCAGCUGGCAGGCAACCUGGCAGGCUUUCUGGCCAAGAUGACCAGCCGCCUGCAGGAGGUCCAGGCGGACAAGGAGGCCCUAGAGCUGACCCUGAGGAAGCGUGACUCCGACCACCACCGCGAGGUCCAGCAGCUCUAUGAGGAGAUGGAGCAGCAGAUCCGCCAGGAGAAGCAGCAGCUGCAGGCUAAGAGUGACUCUCGGGGCCUGGCCCUCACCUCCCAGAUGCAGGACGUCCUAGAGGCCAAGGAGCGCGAGGUGCAGCGACUAGCUGAGGGCCAGAGGGAGCUGGAGGCCCAGCUCUCCCACCUCAGGAGCACACGUCAGGAGGCUGCCUCAGAGAACCAGCAGCUGCAGGAGGCCAAGCGUGACCUGGCUGGGCGGCUGGAGGAGGUGCGGGGGCAGCUGCAGGUGACCAGGGGGCGCCUGGAUGCCGCCAGGGGCCGGGUGUCCUGGCAGGUGGAGGAGAAACUGAGUGUUCCUGCAGUGGGUGAGAAGACCCCAGACCCUCAGGCUGCCUCCCUCGAGGAGGCCCCCCUGCCUGGGCUAUUUGGGGACAACGAUGACUGGGACCAGCUCUUGAGCAACUUUGGCAGCCCUCCGCACGGAGCCCUGCAGCUCUGCUGGAGCCCGCCCCCGACCCCAAGAGCUGCCUCAGGCCCCCAGACGCCCCGUGUCGUCAGGCAGAUCUCCAUCUCGGAGCCACAGGCUUUACUAUUUGGUCAGGAGCCAUCUUCAGAUCCAGAUGGGGCUCCAAGGACCCCCCCUGGGGUGACUUUCAGCGCCAAGGACAGCAAAGGAGUGGACCCAGAUGAGCAGGACAUUAGAGCAGAGCAGCCUGUUGAACCGCACGACCCGGACCCCAACCAGGAGCCGGGGUCCACACCCGAGGGCCGCCUCCUCUGGGGUCUCUCAGGAAGCCUGGUGGCACCUGCAUUCAAAGUGCUCAUUCCUUUAGAGGAUGGGCCUCCUCCCCCUGCAAACUCUCCCCCUCCCCAGGCCCCAGCUGGGUCCAGCAAACAGAUCCAGGCCUCAGACCCAGAUGACAAGGGCCCUGGGUCUUGGGCUCCUCCCAGCGGGGCUCAGCCUAGGGCUGGAGCAGGACCCCAGGAACCCACACAAACCCCUCCCACCAUGACUAAGAGGGAUACCCAGCCUGGACCCUCACCCACAACUGCCCUCACAGGAGUGGGCCCAGCCAAGCCGCCCAGGCAGAGAGAUGCCCUCCAGCAGGACCUGCAUGCCACUGGCUCUGAGCCAAGACCAGGGACCCAGAGGGCCAGAGCCCUCACCCUGGGGCCAGCUGAGCCCUUCCAGGGCCUGGAGUUUGUGGGUCCGGUGCCCACAGAGAGGCUGGAGCAGGGCCAGGCAGGCCCAGCGGUGCAGGAGGGCCUUCCUGAGGGGCUAAGAGAAGCUCACGGCCAGGUCCUUGGGCUGGGUGAGCUGCCUGCCCUCCCCCACCAGGGGCUGGAAGAGGAACCCAGGUAUGAGGAAGGAAAACAAGAGGGCCGAGGUGGGCAAGACCUCAGUUCAGAGCAGUCGGUUGAGGCUCAUGGCCUAGAAACUGCGCAUUGGGAACUCUCCCAGCAAGAUUCUCUGCUUGUUUCUCUCCCAUCUGCCACACCACAGGCUCAGGCGGAAGCAGAAGCCCCCGCUCCUGGAAAACCGGCACCUCCAAGGGGCUCUCCUCCCGGGGGCGCUCAGACUGGGGCUGGAGCAGGACCCCAGGAACCCACGCAAAUCCCUCCCAGCAUGGCUGAGCAGGAAGCCCAACCCAGGCCAUCCCUCAUGACCGCUCACACAGAAGAACAAGGCCCCCCUCACUCCAGGGAAUCAAGGGCAGAGAGCAGGCUUGAAGAUCCAGGAAUGGACUCCAGGGAACCUGGGCUGACCCCAUCCCCGGGAGACCCCAUGGCUGGAGGGGGACUCCAGAUUAACCCUGAUUACCUCUUCCAUGUCAUCUUCCUGGGAGACUCCAACGUGGGCAAAACAUCCUUCCUGCACCUGCUGCACCAGAGUUCCUUCGCCACCGGAUUGACAGCUACCGUGGGAGUAGAUUUUCGGGUCAAAACCUUGCUGGUGGACAACAAGUGCUUUGUGCUGCAGCUCUGGGACACAGCUGGCCAAGAGAGGUACCACAGUAUGACGCGGCAGCUGCUCCGCAAGGCGGACGGGGUGGUGCUCAUGUACGACAUCACCUCCCAGGAGAGCUUUGCCCACGUGCGCUACUGGCUAGACUGUCUCCAGGAUGCAGGGUCGGAUGGGGUGGUCAUCAUUCUCCUGGGAAACAAGAUGGACUGUGAGGAGGAACGGCAAGUGUCCGUGGAAGCCGGGCAGCAACUGGCCCAGGAACUGGGGGUCUAUUUUGGGGAAUGCAGUGCCGCCUUGGGUCACAACGUCCUGGAGCCUGUAGUAAACCUGGCCAGGUCACUCAGGAUGCAAGAAGAAGGCCUGAAGGACUCGCUGGUGGAGGUGGCCCCCAAGAGGCCGCCCAAGAGAUUCGGCUGUUGCUCCUGAUCACCUGUCCUGUCCUGGGUAGGAUGGACACCCGCAGGGUUUCCUGUCCCUCAGCUCCUGUCCUUCAUUCCUGGGCAGCAACGACACAGAGGACCAGCUUGGAGGUUCAGGAAAACCCUUCUCAAAUCAGGACUCGGAUCCCAGAGCAGGGCCGCAUCACCUCUGCCUUUCACACUCCAAAGGAGGGCUUUGCUGAGUGAACAAGGCUUGAGGGGCAGGGGUGUGGCGAAACUCUCCAAAGAAAGAAAAAGUCUAGAAAAACGACUUAAGGAAAAUACACCCAAAAUAUUGGCCACACAUCUGUGGGUGAUAAAAUUAUAGGGAGAAUGUGGGGGGGUGGGUGUUACUUUCCAUUUUACACAUAUUUGUAUUUUCAGAUUUUCAACAAUAACAGUAUUCAAUACAUAAUCAGAAAAAAGAGAUGUGGAGGAGGAGGAGAGAAACUUCCCAAGGAGCUCCCUUGGGUGCUGCUGGCUCCUAAUUGGUGUAACCUGUUAAUCACAAGUUGCUGGGUGUUAGAGCGGUCCCUCUGUGCUCCGCCUGGCAGGGCGCUGUUGGCCUGGUCUCCCUCGCUAUUUCUAUUGCAAGCAUGGGCUUUCUUCCCAGCAGAAUCCGGCUCCUGGGAAGAAUAAUGUUCUGGAGGCCUCUGAUACGCCCUGAUGCCGUCCUGUCUUCCAGAGCCCCAACCUCACUCCCUUUCCCCACGAUAUGAAACACACCUCCCAGGGGUCACAUUUGGGGGUCCCGCCCCCUGCUCCAAUGCCACAGUGUCCCCAAGCACAGGCCUUUGGCCUGAGUUGUCAGUCUCUGGAUGCAUUUGAGGGGCAGCUAGGAUGUGGCUGGGGGGGUCCAAGCAGCUGGGCAGCCUAGACUCAGAAUCAUUCACACACUCCUCUUUGGAGCUUUUGCGGAAGUUUCCAGAAUUCCAUAAUAUUCCCCUCCUGAAUGGUGGCUGAACCUUAUCAGCCAGGGCUGGGGUUUCCAGUGCCCUCGGAGAGCUUGCUUUAGAGUCUUAGAGAGACUGCCAUGGUCUGUGUUUGUAUGUCUGUCACAUCUUACCAUCACCACAAAUGGAACAUACAACAUGUGCCAGGCACUGAGUUUGUUUGUUUUUUGAGACAGGGUCUCUCUCUGUCACCCAGGCUGGAGUGCAUUGGCGUGAUCACCGCUCGCUGCAGCCUCAACUGUCUGGGCUCAAGCGAUUCCCCCACCUCAGCCUCCCAAGUAGCUGGGACCACGGGCACGUGCCACCACAUCUGGCGAAGUUUUUAGUUAUUUGAAAAGACAAGGUCUUGCUCUGUUGCUUAGGCUGGUCUCAAACUCCUGGGCUCAAGUGAUCUUCCCAAUGUGCUGGGAUGACAGGCGUGAGCCACCGCCCCCAGCCUGGGUUUGGUAUUUUGUAAUCCUUCAGGCACUGGGGGAUUUCCUGGCUGAAUCAACGGAAACCCCAGUUUCAUAGAGGGACAAGCAAAGACAGUUCAAGGAACAGAGUUACAGAGAGAGAACGAAGGAGAAAGAGGGAGCGACAGAGGGCUGUUGAAUCACACAGUCUUAGACCCUGGCCCCAACCACUCUUCUCAGUUCUGAAAGGAAUGUCUCAGCAGCAGUGAGCCUUCCAUCACCAGACGCUCACAAGCAGAAGACAGGUAACGCUUGGGAAAGGUGAGGUAGAGAAGAUCCCAGCAUCUGAAGCUGCCAAAGUUGGAUUAGAUUACCUUAACGGACCCCAUUCAACCUCCAGACUCCAUGUGGAUGAUUCCCAUGGUCCAGCUGAUUCUUUUUUUUUUUUUUUUUUUGAGAUGGAGUCUCACUCCGUCUCUAGGCUGGAGCACAGGGGUGCAAUCUCGGCUCACUGCAACCUCCACCUCCCGGGUUCACACCAUUCUUCUGCCUCAGCCUCCCGAGUAGCUGGGCCUAUAGGCGCCCGCCACCUCACCCAGCUAAUUUUUUUAUUUUUAGUAGAGACGGGGUUUCAUCAUAUUGGUCAGGAUGGUCUCGAUCUCUUGACCUCGUAAUCCACCCGCCUCGGCCUCCCAGAGUGCUGGGAUUACAGGCGUGAGCCACUGCACCCGGCCCUCCAGCCGAUUCUUUUACUGGGCCCUUCACUGAUCCUUUUUACCCCAAUGUCUUCUCCCAUCUCGGGUCCCCUCCCGCAGCCCACAAGCCUGCCCCUGAACUGAGCAGUUUCUCAGUGUGCUCAGAGAGAGGGGUGGGGGGGUGUGGGCUGGAGUGAUGCUGGCCCUGGGUAAGGAUGGGAAACAGGUCCUGUAGUUGCUAAUGGCUCUUUCUCUGGGGCCCAGGGACCUGGCAGGCACCAACAUCUCUGUCCUUUGGGCCAGGGAGUUAAUGAGGCAGGUAGGCAGGGUGUGAUUCCUGGGAGAGGCAGUGGAGCAGGAGGCCUGGUGUACAAGAGUGGCCCCCAGGCCUCCCCGUCUCAGCUCAGCUCUGCUCUGGCCUCAGGCAACUCAGGUUCGCAGGAGGUGGAGUUCUGGGAGAAACUCCACACCCUCUUUUGGCUUUCUUGGGCCAGAUCCACCUGCCGGGCAGGGCACAGCUGUGCAAGGACCACCAGCCUUUCCUACUGUCAAAGGGCUCACAAGCCAGGGAACGGGACCCAGGAACCUCAGAGUAGCACAAAGCAGGCAACGGCAGCAGCAGGAGAAACUCGAGGUAGACUUCAGAGUGAACUUCCAGCCAAGUGGUGAAUUCUUGGGGCAUGUCAGCCAACGGGGCUCUGGCUUAGGCUUAGCCAGAGUCUGAUUAAGAAAAGGAGGGUGGGACUGGGCUGAUGGGACUCAGGCUGUGGAGUGAGAAGGGAGGGCAUGGGGAGAGAAUGAAGGUUGGGCAGGAGCUCUAAGAGAAGAGGGCUUUUGGGAACUGAGGGUGAGCAAGGGCAGAAUGACGUCCCUCCUUUAUCCAGUGCCUACCGUAUGCCAGGCACUGUUCUGAGCACUUAGCUCGUGUUACUUCAUUUAGCCCUCACACCAUCAGGCGUGCUCCCCCAUCUUACAGAAGAGGAAAGUACUGCAUAGGGAGGCUGAGUAACUUCUCUGUAGUCACGUAGCAAGUAAGUGCUGGAGCCGGUGUUAAACCCAAACGCCGAUACCCACAGACUUAACCCUGAAGUUAUGCAACUGCUUACAGGAACACGCGGAUGCUUCAGGGAAGCAGGGGUCAGGUCCCUGAAGCCUCGUAUUGCUCCCUGCCAAUUCCCCUUCAGUAAUAGUCCAUGUCAUUGGUGGGUGUGGACCAGGAUAAAGAGACGAAAAGGCAGUGAUAAAUGCCAGGAAAGUGGCUGGAUGACAGCCUUCAUCCAGGACAGGUCCUUCAAUUCCCCUCCUCCUGCCGUCCCUGAAGCUGGUGGGACCAGGGAGGGUGGCCGACAUCAGGAUUCACAGAGGCCCCCUCUCCAGUCUCUCCUCAGCUGCCCUCAGGCACGUUGCUGCCCUGGGGCCCCAGAGACCAAGCCAAGUUCCCCAGGCUGGGGCUCUGCAGGAGGGACUCAGAGACUCCUUCAAACCUGGCUUUGAACCCUCAGGAGAAGGGUGUCUGCAGCCCCCACCCUGGUGUGGUAGAAAAGGGGAGGGCAACUCCAAUGAGGGCUCCUCUGCUGUGUCUUGUUUGCUGCUGGAUUCCCGGAACCUGGUCCAGAGCAAAUGCUCGGGAAAUAUGUACUGAGUUAGCAGGCAAGCCUCUCUCCAGCUAAAGCUCCUGGGCCCUGGCCUCGCCUGCAGGGUGGCCAGUGGUGACGUCAGCCACUGGGUUGGCUCUAGGAUGUCUACAUCCCAUCUUCUAGCCAGAGUCCUCCCAAUCAGGGACUCCCCCUGCCCUUGACAGGUGGGACAGAGCAGGGGUGAGAAGAAAGGGUCUGACCACUGGGUGCAGACUCCCCAACCCUGCCAGGGGCCUGCACGGCAUAACCUAGAGGGCAGUGAUUCCCAAGCUGGUCUGCCCUUAGAAUUAUUUGGGAUCUUUCAAAAAUGCCAAAGCCCAGACCAACUAUGUCAUGUCUCUAGGGGUGGGACCCAGGCUUCUGUAUUUGUGAAACUCCCCAGGUGAUCCCAAAGUGCAGAGAAGCUUGGGAACCACUGGGAGGGGCUUCACACCUUCUCAAAGCCCUUUCAGACCCACUUUUCCAUUUGAACCUCAAAUUAAACCUGCUUGUUUCACAGGGCAGGGUUUUUGUUUUGUCAAAAAAUAGAUACAUAUGUGUGUGUGUGUGUGUGUGUGUAUGCACAUAUAUAUUUAU